AUGAAGCUGCAGGCGGUGAUGGAGAACCUGCAGCGGCAGCAGCGGGCGCGGCUGCAGCAGGAGCUGGAGGCGCGGCAGCAGGAGCAGCAGCGCUCCACGCCUCCCCCGCCAGCACUGCCCCCUCCCCAGGACCCCGCCCCACCUGAGGAGGGGGUGGAGCUUGAGAGCGCCCGCAUCCAGCGUGCCCAGAUGGCUGCCCUGGCCGCUAUGCGGGCAGCAGCAGCUGGACUCAGCCACUCGCCCAGCCCGGGAAUGUCAGAUGAGAGCCAGGCCUCAGAGGAGGAAGAGGAGGAAGAGCAGGGGGAGGAGGAGGAGGAGGAUGGCGGGUACCAGCAGGAGAUGGGCUCGGAGGAAGAGGAGGAGCUGUGAGGGGAACGGGACUGGAAACCUGAAUGGGAUGAAGAUGACUUCGAAGAGGACAUGGGGGAGGAGGAGGAGGAAGAGGAAGAAGAGGAGGAGGAAGAUUAUGAAGAGGAUGAAGAAAUGGGGGAGGAGGAAGGGCUGGGCUCCGCAGAAGCGGUGAGAUCUGGGCCGGGAUCUCUGCUUCUUCGCAAGCCGCAGGCCCCCCAGCCAUACCGAGGUGAGCCACAGAGGCUGCCGGGGGGCCAGGAGCGGCUGUCGUCUGGAUUGAGCCAUCAGGGGCACUUGCAGCUACAGCAGCAGGCUCCAGACCACGGAGACUGGACUUACGAGGAGCAGUUCAAGCAAUUGUACGAGCUGGAUGGCGAUCCCAAGAGGAAAGAAUUCCUGGAUGACCUCUUCAGCUUUAUGCAGAAGCGAGGGACGCCCGUCAACCGAAUCCCCAUCAUGGCCAAGCAAGUGCUGGACCUGUACAUGCUCUACGUGCUGGUGACCGAGAAAGGGGGCCUGGUGGAAGUGAUCAACAAGAAGCUGUGGCGGGAGAUCACCAAAGGGCUCAACCUGCCCACCUCCAUCACCAGCGCUGCCUUCACGCUACGCACUCAAUACAUGAAGUACCUGUACCCCUACGAGUGCGAGAAGCGAGGCCUCAGCAACCCCAACGAGCUGCAGGCCGCCAUCGACAGCAACCGGCGAGAGGGCCGCCGGCAGGGCUUCGGGGGCUCCCUCUUCACCUACUCCCCCAGCGGCACCCCCAGCCUGCUCUCCUCCCCCAAGCUGCAAGUGCCUGGCCUGGGGCUGGCGGGGGCCACCAACGGCGGCCCCAUCGGCCCCGGGCAAAAGAUAAAGAAAGAAGAGGAUUCCCCCAUCCCAAUCACCAUGCCCAGCCGACUCCCUGUGUCCCUGGCUGGCCACCCGGUGGUAGCGGCCCAGGCAGCGGCCGUGCAGGCGGCCGCAGCUCAGGCAGCGGUGGCCGCUCAGGCCGCGGCCCUGGAGCAGCUGCGAGAGAAGCUGGAGUCCGGGGAGCCUCCGGAGAAGAAGCUGGCUCUGGUGACGGAUGAGCAGCAGAGGCUGAUGCAACGGGCCAUUCAGCAGAACCUCCUGGCCAUGACGGCGCAGCUACCCAUGAGCAUCCGCAUUAACAGCCAAGGGACCCAAAACCGUCAGGACUCCGGCAUGAGCCUGGCCAGCAACGGCACGAACAGCAUCAGCAUGUCAGUGGAGAUCAACGGCAUCGUCUAUACAGGUGUGUUGUUCGCACAGACCCCCGGCCCCUCAUCCUCCUCGCUCCCUUCCUCCGCCUACAGCAAAGGAAACAGCGGCAGCCGGAGCAGCAGCAGCAGCAGCGGCGUGGGGGGCAGCAGCGGCGUCUCCCAGGCUGCCCCAGCUGGUUUGUCCGCCCCUCCAACCUCUACCUCGAAUAACUCUUCUUCGCCUUAACCCCCCCGCCCCCCAACGGCAGCGCCUCAUCUCACCAAAAGACACACCCACAAAAUAAUAAACCCACACAUGGAGCUUUUAUCACAGCUGAUGCCAAAAACCAAGCUUGCAUCUGGCUUUCCCGGGGGGUGGGGGGAGGAAGCCCCGUCUCCCACUCCUCCCGAGAGGACUGGAGAAAGUUUUGCAAGGAGAAAAGCUUUAAUCCAGGGGGUUUCAUUAAAAGCAGCCUGGACCCUGAGCCAGUCGUUACCCGUUCGCUUUGGAGGUGAUGCACCGUCCUCCCGGAACGCUUUACCUCAUGACACCCCACUUUGCACUGUGCGUUUGUUUGUUUUAAUGUUGUUGUUUGAAGUU